AUGAACCACGCAAUUGACAACUGGAAUGUAGACAUCAUCUCUUUGUCAUUCGGGUGGCCCUUCACGGAUUUUGAACAUUACAAUGAGCUUGAGGAUGCUAUCGACAAGGCAUACAGUAAGAAAAUUCUCAUAUUUGCCGCCGCUUCUAAUAGUGGUGGCCGACUUGGGCGAGCCUAUCCUGCAAGCAGUUCGCAGGCUAUCUGUGUCCAUUCAACCGACACCUGGGGAACUCCAUCAGGCUUUAGUCCAACCGCCGAGCCCGACAAUCUUAAUGUUGCAACGGUUGGCGAGUCAAUCGAGUCGGCAUGGCCGAUGCUGCUUUGCCACGACAAGAUAACUCCACACAGGGAUUGCGGCUUUCCUGUUACAGUACGCAAGGCUGCAUUAACCAGAGAGAGCUGCAUCAGCUCUCAAAAGAAAGGAAAAGAUGGAGGCAUUGCUGAAGAGAUGCGCCAGGCGAGGACCUAA